AUGUACGUUACAUUUCAAAUAAAACAGAAAAAUAUGGCUAAUUUAUUGGUUUUCUAUUUGAUAACACUGACAUUUUCGUCAGUGUGUUUGUCGUCGAAGCAUAUUGUUUUGUUCCCCGAUGAAGAAUGCAAUUUGCAAGUGGCACACGGAAAGAUAUCUGACGAGAAGAGCCUUAACCUUAACUUCUAUGAAGAUUGUAUUGAUAGAGAUCUGGGUGUGUGUACACCAAAAACAAAAGGCAACGAAGACUAUUUGCGUUACUUUUCACAGUCAGAGAAGCCAGAAUGUCAGAAUUACGAACAAGUAGCUCAAUCGAUGAACGAUGUCUUGCAAUUUUGUGUCGAUAUGGAGGGCAGUUCUUGGUAUGGAGGUGCCGAAGUGACUUUCCAACACUGGCCACUAAACAAUCUCAACUGGACGAAUAAUCCAUACGUAACCAAAUCAUCGGGUGACCAAGCCGUCAUCGAGUCUUAUUUCUUCAACUCUGACGGGUAUUAUAUCUAUAUCGACGAGUCGGUUCCCCUAUUCGUAGAUAUAAACGGUCCGCGACCGGGUCAGAUGUGCUUUACGUCCAAAGUCGAGGCUCCGUAUAGAAAAACUAGAAAUGCGAUGCUGUACCGAAUUUGCAAGUACAAGAACGCUCGAGUGGCACACGAAAGAGCCAUUAAAGAUUUCCUCGGCAUGCCUUCGAAAAUUCCCGAUCCGUACGUCGUAAAGUAUCCGAUUUGGUCUACAUGGGCGAGGUACAAAGUCAACGUCAACACGUCGUCUGUCCGAGAAUUUGCUCAAGAAAUCGUCGACAACGGAUUCCCCAGAGGUACAAUGGAAAUCGAUGACAACUGGGAGACUUGCUACGGUAGUGCAGAAUUUAAUACGUCGAGAUUUGCGAACAUAUCGGAACUCGUCAAAGACUUGAAAUCAAUAGGUUUCAAGACGUCUUUGUGGACACAUCCGUUCAUAAAUUUGGAAUGUCCUACUCACGAGAAGGUCAAACAGAAGGGAUACUUUGUGAAAAGUACAUCAGGCACAGUUAAUUCCACGUGGUGGAAUGGCAAUGGCUCUUACAUAGACUUCACAAAUCCCGAAGCAGCGACUUGGUGGUCUAAUGCUCUACAUGAUUUACUUGCAAAAUCUGGUAUCGACACAUUCAAGUUUGAUGCAGGAGAAACCAGUUGGAGCCCGCAACUUCCAGAAUAUCACGAUAACGAUCUGACCUACUACCCUGAUAACAUCGUAAACGCAUAUAUAAAAACACUUGUGACUUUUGGUAGCGGUAUCGAGUACAGAGUAUCCAGGAGAAGUCAAGAAUUCGGUGGUCUUUUAAGGAUGAUCGACCGCGAGUCUCGUUUGGGAUUACAAACUCGGACUACCCACAUUGAUAACAAGCUCUGA